AUGUCACUCAAAAGACUCAAUAAAGAAUUACUUGACCUCAUACAUGACCCACCGUCAACAUGCAGUGCUGGUCCCAUUGGAGAUGAUCUCUUGAAUUGGCAAGCAUUUAUUAUGGGUCCUCCAGAAUCUCCAUACGGCGGAGGAUUAUUUAAACUUAACGUCCAAUUUCCCUCAGAUUAUCCGUUUAAACCACCAAAAAUAUGUUUUUCAACAGUGGUUUAUCAUCCGAAUAUAAGUAGAAACGGAUCUAUAGGUCUAGAUAUAUUAAGGGACCAAUGGUCACCUUCACUUACUCUGUCUAAAAUGCUUUUGUCUAUUAGCUCGUUGUUAACUGAUCCUAAUCCCGAUGAUUAUCUCGUACCGGAAAUUGCACUUGUAUAUCGUACGGACCGUUCUCGUUAUGAAGCUAAUGCUCGGGAAUGGACGAUUAAAUAUGCCAGUGAGUACAAUUAA